AUGGAGGUGAAGAAGGAUGGAGGAGGAGGAGGAGGAGGAGGAGGGCCGUGGUCUUCUUCCCCUGCCUGCUACAGGAGCACUGUCAUAGCCUUGCUCCUCUUCUUCCUAGUUAUCGGAGUCUUUGUAGGCCUGCUCAUUGCAUACCUGGUGCAAGAGCAGCACUAUUUCAUGGAGACGGUGGAGCUGAGGGGUCUGAAGUAUGAUCCUGUUUUGCAGGAUGAGAACUCUGGUUUCUCCAUAGUACUGUCCUCAGUUUUAAAGUCCAAGAUUAAAAAUGUCUUCACUGCCUCAUCAAUAUCACAUCACUACAUUGAUUGUAGUAUUGUUGCCUAUGGUAACAUUAAUGGUGACGUGAUGGUGACGUUCAGACUGGUCUUCGCGGUCUCCAAGGUGCAGCAGUAUUCAGACAGUUUUGUCCAGGACUUGCUGAGAGCAGGGCUCAGCUCAGUAAUGCACGGGACACUGCUAGAGGUGCCAGAAUUUGGACAGAUCAGCACUAUCAUCUUACUGGGUGCCAGUGGGAAGUCAUUUUAUGCUGUUGGAGAUGAGAUGAUAGCCAGGUGUCCUGACAACACGUUCACUUGUGACAAUGGAGAGUGUGUCACCAAAUUAAAUCCAGAGUGUGACUUCAUCCCCGACUGUGCAGAUGGAUCCGAUGAAGCUCGUUGUGCCUGCGGUACACGUCCUGCCAUGGGGAGUCGGGUGGUGGGAGGUGAGGAUGCUCGGGAGGGGGAGCUGCCGUGGCAGGUCAGUCUUAGGCUCCAUGGACGCCACACCUGUGGAGCCUCCAUCAUCAACGAACGCUGGCUGGUCAGUGCAGCACACUGCUUUGAGAGGGACAAUGACCCCAGAGAUUGGACCGCCCUGGUAGGGGCCAGUCUGGUGAGCGGUGAGGAGUCGGAGUCCAAGAUGAUUAAUAUCAAGUCACUGGUUGUGUCUCCAGACUACAACCUCAUGAAUACUGACAAUGAUGUAACAGUGCUGGAGCUGGAGACCCCUCUCACCUUCAGCUCUUACAUCCAGCCUGUCUGCUUGCCCUCCCCGUCUCACAUCUUUGCUCCGGGCCAGAGCUGCGUGGUGUCGGGGUGGGGCGCAUUGAACCAGUUUAACACUGAGGUGCCUCCUACGCUGCAGAAGGCGGUGGUGAAAAUCAUCGACUCUAAGCUGUGCAACAAGUCGUCCGUGUACAGAGGUGCUGUUACUCACAACAUGAUGUGUGCCGGAUUCCUGCAGGGCAAGGUGGACUCGUGUCAGGGAGACUCUGGGGGCCCUCUGGUGUGUGAGGGGGCCCCUGGGAGGUUCUUCCUGGCUGGGGUGGUGAGCUGGGGUGUGGGCUGUGCCAUGAUCAACAGACCUGGGGUUUAUUCCCGCGUCACCAGGCUCCGCAACUGGAUUCUCAGCCACACAAAUCCCAGCUUGGUCCAGGAUUAUUCCCAGUAUGUUCCCACAGUGCCAGUUACUGUCACAGGACUGAACUUUAAUAAUCCACCAGUGCAGGCGACCUUAGCCAUGGACAUGUCAUCUGCACCAACUCCACCUGUCUUGAACUGCAGUGGAAACUUCCAGUGCAGCACCACCUCCUGCAUCAGCAAGGUAAACCCAGAGUGUGAUGGAGUCCCUGACUGCCCCAACCAGGCAGACGAGACAAACUGCGACUGUGGUGUGCGUCCUGCGCUGGGCUCACAUAGGAUCAUAGGUGGAGUGACAGCUCGAAGAGGGGAGUGGCCUUGGAUCGGUAGUCUACAGUACCAGAGACUUCACCGCUGUGGCGCCACACUCAUUCAUAGCAAAUGGUUACUGACAGCAGCGCACUGCUUCAAAAGUGACCCGAGCCCCUCUAACUGGGCUGUGAGCCUGGGAUCCGUGCUGCGUUCUGGGAUGGCAGCCAUGGUCAUCCCCAUCCAGAGGGUCAUCAUUCACCCAGCUUUCAAUGGCACCAACAUGGACCAUGACGUGGCUCUGUUGGAGUUGGCAGUCCCGGCCCCCAUGUCCUACACCAUCCAGUCAGUCUGUCUCCCCUCAGCGGUGCACCACUUCCUGAAGAAUGCAGAGUGUUACAUCACAGGCUGGGGAUCCAUGAGGGAGGGAGGUUCAUUGACCAACCUGCUGCAGAAAGCAGCAGUCCGCAUCAUUGACCAGGCAGACUGCCAGCACUCUUAUGGAAACGUGCUGACUCCUAACAUGAUGUGUGCUGGUUACAUGGAGGGAGGCAGGGACACCUGUUUGGGAGACUCCGGAGGGCCGCUCACUUGUCGUCAGCUCUCUGGCCAGUGGUUUAUUGCAGGAGUGACCAGCUGGGGACAUGGAUGUGGGCGAACAGGUUUUCCAGGGGUUUACACUCGAGUGACAUCUGUCAGGAAAUGGAUAUCUACAUACCUGCCUUUCUGAAGAGGCAGAAAAGCAGCUGACAUAGUGGAUUUUCUUGAUACAUCACAUACACAUACAUUUCUCCAGAAAAUUGUACUGUACAAGGACUUAAGUCAUGUUAGAAGCCACACACACACUCACACAUACUCACAUACCACAGUAUUGACCUACGUGAUCUGUUGGUCAUGGGUGCUGUUUGUCAUACUGUGCAAUCACCGGUCUAUUUCAACACGUACUGAAGAAAUAGGGAGAAUCCUGAACUGUGGCUUGCAGACAAAAUGCUAGAAAUAUGCACGAUCCAAAGUAUUUAUUUCAGUUAUUUAUUUUCCUGACUGGUAAACUUACUGUACAUGGUGUUAUGUUUGUUUUGUUUUUUUCAUUUUGUGUGGGGUUCUUAAUACAUGUGGUUCAUAUAUGGGUAAAUCUCCUCCUUUUUUCUGUCUUUUCUAAGACAAAGAUCUGAUGUAAUAACUGCUACUGGAUGGUGGGUUUUUAGGGGGAAGAAAAUAGUUCUAUAUGAGAAAGUGGUGUUGGAAUCAGCUUUUAAGGGAA